AUGUCAACCAACUUCCUCCGGCGGUGGGUUCGCGGCCGCGGGGCGGCGAAGCCGGAACCUCAGGGUCACCAGACCCCCAGCCGGGGGCAACGGCGACCCACAGCCGCUCCGGCGCCCAAAGUCGCAUCCCACCCGGUGGCCCCUCACGACAGCCGAAAGCGCCGUCGCCACCAGCCUCGUCGCUCCGGCGAGGUGCUUCAGCCUAGCGGGCCCCAGCCGCCUUCGCCUUGGAGGGUUCCCCGUCCCGAGAUGGGCAGGAGGUGGGAGAGAAAGAGAAGCAGGGUGGAGACUGCUCCGGGCAGCAGGGGAGGGAGAAGAGGAAAGGCGAAAGCGAAGGGCGGGUGCCGAGCUGUGCCAGCUGCCGCCGCCGCUUGGGCCACGGGCCCGACCCGUUCCGCUCAGAGGCGCUACAGGCGGUCUAGCCCCGCAUCCCCGGCUUUCCUUGGCGCGACCCGAUGCACCAAUCCAACUCUGCCAAGAGCUGGUCCCCGCGGGAUAGGCUCACUCUCCCAUUUUGUCCCGUCGCUACUAGGGCUGCUGCCGCGCUGUUCUGCGGGGCAGGGCGAGGUCGGUGCCCGAGACUGGAGAGCGGGCGGUGAGGAAGACGAGAGUCGGGUCCCGGCGGCGCCUGAUCGGGGAGUUUCUGGGAAGAGCUGCGUCCCCUGCCCGGGAGAGGGCGAGUCGCGGCGGCGAAAGCCUGGGGGGUGGGGCGAUAGGGGCCGUGAGGGACUAAUAUGUCCGCCUUCCUGUUCAAACAAACGGAGACCGCCGGCGCAGACUGCGCAUGCGGGGCGCGGACGCUCGGAAGGAGAAUCGAUCCCGCGCUGCGCGCGCGCACGCACACACACACACACACAUACACACACACGCCGUCGCCUCCGCAGGGCGGGGCUAGGCCGGGACUGGCCCGGACGGGCGGGGCGGAAGGCGGGGCACGCACGGGGCCUCGCGGUCCGAAGCCGAAGGCUGGUAGCUGGGAGGAGCCGACAGGGUGCGGCGGGAGGCACCGCCCUCGCCCCAGCAGGCUGCGGGGAGCGAAGUAGAGCUCUGGAGCCCGAGAGGAGGUUGGGAUUCUUUUCUAGGCGAGAUGCCUUUUCGCCAGCAGGCAGCAGCAUUUUAGCACCAACGGAGCUUGUUUUUCGGUAGUACUUCAUCGUCGGCCCCCCGGGAACACCACAAUGUUUAAACGGUCUGCGAUUCCAUGGGAAAAUUACGAAGCAGUGCAGUACUGAACCCUCCUAAGCCGAGCGUGUGUAUCAGGGGAGCACUAAAAUACUGACUCCGGAAGAUAUAGUCCAUAGAAGUCAAGUUCAAUUUGUUUAAAAAAAAAAAAAAAAAGAACCUCAUUGAAAAAUCAAUAUUUUUAAGUUACUCAUAUGAGUUCUUCCACACCAUUAUCACUCCAGUUGUAGUUCUCUUUGAUGUGUGAUCCUGCUUGUUUCAAUUUCAAAAAGCUCAGUGCAACUUAAAAUUGUGAUUUUAACAGAACCAAUGUAGAAUAUGAAAAUUAUGGGCAUUUCCUCUUAAGUCAAUUGCUUCAUUGACUGUGGUGUGAGGGUUGAAAGACUUGUUACUCAAUCUGCUGAUAAUCUUUACUGCUGUCGGCGGGAAAUCUACCUUAAUUUGUUACUAGUCAAUCUUUAGUUUGGCUCAUAGGUCAAAUUAAAGAUUGCUAGAAAUA